AUUAUGUUAGAAACGGAAACACAGAGACGAGUCGGAGACUUUAAGCAAGCAGCCGAGCAGAACGAUCUCAUCAACAUCGACGAACGCGGAACCGCCGGAAAGUCUUCGACGCUUGGGCGACGACUGCCUACCGCCCUGUCCCUUUUUAAUGCUGCUGCGCUGACUGCUCAUCCUUCUGGAGCGUUGUACGACUGCACGGGCUGACCGCGAGUGACCGGCACCACCACCUGGAGGCUGGAGCCCUGUACUUCCGUGGACCACGGCCACGGAGUCUGAUCUUACUUGCUCCAAAUUUAUGCCCUGCGGCCUGCGCAUUGAGGCGUCACGCAUUCCCCCUGAAGCACUGAAGGUCUGAAGCCGCGAGUGAAAGACGGAAGUAGGAAGACGAACUGACGAAGGACUGAGCGUCAACCUCCGCGGCUCCGCCACCAAGCGCCAGCGGACAGUGCCAGUCUCCACUGCUGCACUGCCCCACCGCGGCCCGCCUCCUGGCCCUCCACAGUCCGGUAACGGCGGACCAAGUAAUCAUAGAGUAAUUGGUCCUACUCACUACUCGGCCCUUGAGCUGGUAGCCGCCACCGAGUACUGAUUACUACCGAAGUAGAAAAUCUCACAAAAAUAUCAAUGACUACUGAAGAUGCAUCAAAGACAACUUCAACAGUUCAAUUGGUGAAACUUGAAAGAGGAUUCAAAUUGGCUGAACAAUGGGUUAAUAAUAUGUCCAAAUCAUUGGAGGAUGAUAAAUCAAAUGGUGCUAUUCUAGAGAGCCGACCUCCUAGGCUUGGAAUUGGUGCUACAAUACCCCGCGAGUCCAAAUAUGUUCGUUCAAACGAUCCCAUUGAAAAAAAAUUGCGUGCUACGUUGAAUGCUAAAGAAAGAAAUAUUGACACGAAGGCCAAUGAUGAAAGGGUUGAAGAAGAUGAAGAGGAUGAAGAGGAGGAACUUGAAAGCAAAACUAAAGCGUUCACCAAAAAGAGGCCGUCGGUUCUUCCCUCAUCUCUUGGUCGUAUAAAGAAACGCAAGUAGAGAUGAAAUGUUGGGUAUGAUAUUUGUAUCACAGGAUUCAUACCCAUAAAAUGUGUUUGAUCCUGCAACGAUAUUGUUUUUGUUCAGUCAGGCAAGCAUCUGAGGUUAUUUACGUGUAUAAUUGUAUUAGUUUCUCGACGUGCGUUGCGCGAUUGAAUAAAUGCCCAAUGCCAAUUACGGAGUAUUAUACAAAUUAUCAUCACAAUGUAUAUUUCUUAUAGACUAAAAAAGUUUGCAUCAAGGAAUCUUGUUAAUCAUUUUUUGAAACAAGUAAGCAAAAAAGGUGUUCAAGUUUUCCGGAAGAAGUGAUGUAUUCUCUUAGAUAUUGUACAAUAACAAUAUACAGUGAUUAUGUAGCAAAUAUUACGUAGUAGAAGUAUGUAUUUCAAUGUGGUGCAAGCACA